AUGAUAGAGCUGUCGGACUACACAUCGCCCACUAUUGAAUUCAAAUCGAGAUAUUCCUCUGAAAAACAAUGCAAACUUGUUGACAACACCACGGAAACCAAUGCAUUACCUCGAACUGCUGAUGCUCAUUCCAACCCGAUUCGGAAAUGCCAUCAAGCAACACAAACGGAAUUCAUAGAAAUGUUUGUAAAAGUUGUCGAUGAACAAAAACUGGCAAAAUGGUUAAAGAAAAUAUACCCUCUGGUAGAGAGAGAAUUACUGGACGGUUGCACUCCACAACUAAAUCGUUUUGCAAUUAGUACAGAUUUAGGGAAAGCCUAUGAUAUUGAGCCGUAUCAGAAGAUAUCUGUACAGUCUAAUGUAAAUUCAUUGGGCGUAGCCACGUGGCUAGCUGUACAUAUUGAUAACGUGCCAGUUUUGGUGCUGGGCACACAGGCAACGCAUAACGGUUGGUGUCAACAUAUCGAUCAGUGUCUUAAAAUAUAUGCGCCGCAACGAGUCCCUGACGGCAAUUUUAUAACAUUCAAUGAAGUUAAAAGUGUGCCGGUGAAGGCGUGUGUGUAUACCCUAUGCACUAAUUCUUUUAACAAAACCGUCUUUGCCGGUUCUACUUUUGGUGGCGAUAUUUAUAUUUGGCAAUUUGAGCAAGAAUACCGAGGACGUCGAGCAGAAGCAAACGUGAAAGAGUUAUUCAAGACAACAACCUCUUCAGGUUACAUUGUUGCGAUUGAUUGGUCAGGAGAAUCCACUCUAUUAACUGCUCAAACUAACGGCAGCGUGAUUAUAUGGCAAAUAUCGGAUGAAUUAAUAAAGAUAGCAGACCACUCAAAGAAAUCCACUAUACGUACGGUUUAUAUACGUUUCAGGUAUAUUGUGAAAGAUACAGCAAACAACUUUAAUGAAAUCACUAGCUUGCUAGCUUUAAAUUCUAAUAGCUUCAUAUCCGGCAACAGCGAAGGAAUUAUUUAUCAUUGUAUAAGUUCUGGAUUAAGUUCAACAAAACGUUCAAUGGAAAUUUUGCCUUUAAAAAGACACAAAUUUGCUAUCACAACGCUUUUAAAAGCACAUAGCAGCGACCACAACUAUAUCAUAAGUUGUGACUUGAGCGGUCAGAUAUGUUUUCACAAUUUAAACUGCUUAGAUGAUGAGGCGCAUACCACAACUCUUCAGUUACCGUUACCUUUCAAAAAUACAGUGGCUUGCUUUGACGGCGGUAAAAAAUUAUUUUGUCCAGGAGAUAAUGGAUCAUUGGAGUGCUAUUGGACCCUAAACAUAUCGUUGUCGCGAGAAUUAAUUUUGACAUAUUUUCUUGAUUUUAGUGUUGAAACUGGUUUGCAAUACACUGUGAAGGGUGCAUUGAAAGGUAAAGGAACUUUGAUCAAAAGCAAUGACAAUGGAUGGAUUGUGACCGGUUUAUAUGAAAAUGAUUUUCAAAUAUUUUUUGUGGCGCCUUAAAAAAAUGUACACAUGGCAUAUAAUUGUAAUGGUUUUCUCAUUUAUUCAUAAUUGAUUGAAAUGCAA